CAAUCGUGCGCGUAAAGAUGCAGUCAUUGCUCAAUGGAAUAACUUAUUAAAUUUUAUGUUUGAAAAAUAUGAAGAAUGCCUCCUAUCAAAAGAUCUUUAUUUGAGGCGGAUUGAACUUGCAUUCCGCCAGUUAUGUAGUCAGUUUUCCCAUGAGGAUAUCUGCUGGUAUGCUUAUGCAUGUUUUGUGGCCGUAGACUUGAAGGAUGAAAUACAAGCUCGGGAAAUUGUCGAAAAAGGCCGUUUUUUGAUUGGUGAUAACUCCAUCGCCCUGCGAUCCUUGGAUGCGUUACUUUCCAAUUCAGAUCUUGAAUCAGUGAAUAGUUUUAAUGAUAUUUUGAAUAAAGGAAUAUUUUUACAAAGAUUAUAUGCAAAUGCGGCAAAUGCAUCCUUACAAAAUAGAAAACGUUUUCGAGAUGUUGGAAAAAUUGCAACUGCAAAUUCUCUUAGUGAUUGGAGAAUUUAUCAUCAAUGGGCUUUCGCAGAGCAGUGUGUUUUGAAUGAUAUUCAGAUGGCCGCGAGGGUUUAUGAAAGAGGUAUCUCUUGCGCCGCAAAUUCUUUGAAAGAUGCCGUAUUGCUAUCAAAUGAGGCGGUUAAUUAUCAUCUUUGGCAACAAAAUGAGCGCGAAGUUCUUGGAUAUGCAGAGCGUCAAAUUGAGUUGCUCUCAUCUACGCAGCAUGAGGGAUUUAUACGAGCUAGUUGGAACCAACUUGUUCAUGCUGAAUCUAUUUUGGGUUUGCCUUCGCUAACAAAAACAAUAAGAAGACGUGCCGAACGAUGCGUGGAUUUUGCACGUAAACCAAUUAUUGAGCGCUAUCGCGUUGGUAAUUAUAUUCCGUGUUCCGAUGAGGAACUUGAUUGGCUUGAAUACGUAGAUGAUCUCUUCAAAGCUCGUAAAGAGGAACAGGAACCUGUUUUUGAAGGGGUGACACCAUUGAAGCACCUGACUCUUUCUACAGAUUUGAAUUUUUACCCCGAUCCUGUUUUACCGGAUGUAUCUUUAUGGACUACGUUUGAGAUGUGCCCCAACCGUGAACAUUCUUCCGGAGCAGAAGAUUCCGACGAAGUUGUUGGGUCUCGAACGCUGCGUGGGCGACUUGUAUACAAGUUAAAAAUUGAUGAAAAGACAGUAGCCCGAUUGAAGCGCGAGGCGCAAUUGCGCCAAGAGGAGAAUAAAGGUGUCGGUAGCAAGGCACUCAAGGAUCCACAUACCGCUCUCCAGGCGUUGGUUGAAAAACUAGAAUCCAAAAAGUGGAAUGCAAGCCAACUGAAAAUGUGUAGGAUUCUGAAUGCCGAAUGGCUUAUGAACACACUCACCCACGGGGAAUUAGAUCUGCGUAAACGGCGCCAAUAA